ACAACACUAAACCAGACAACAUUAAACUGGACACUAAACCAGACAACACUAAACCAGACGACACUAAACCAGACGACACUAAACCAGACAACACUAAACCAGACGACACUAAACCAGACGACACUAAACCAGACGACGCUAAACCAGACGACACUAAACCAGACGACACUAAACCAGACAACAUGAGACCAGACAACACUAAACCAGACAACGCUAAACCAGACAACAUUAAACUGGACACUAAACCAGACAACAUGAGACCAGACAACACUAAACCAGACAACACUAAACCAGACGACACUAAACCAGACAACAUUAAACUGGACACUAAACCAGACAACACUAAACCAGACAACACUAAACCAGACAACACUAAACCAGACAACAUUAAACUGGACACUAAACCAGACAACACUAAACCAGACGACACUAAACCAGACAACACUAAACCAGACAACAUUAAACCACACGACAUUAAACCAGACGACACUAAACCAGACAACAUUAAACCAGACAACAUGAGACCAGACAACAUGAGACCAGACAACAUUAAACCAGACAACACUAAACCAGACAACACUAAACCAGACAACAUGACACCAGACAACACUAAACCAGACAACAUGGGACCAGAACAACACUAA